AUGUCAGGCCCCGCGGCCAGAGUAGCCCGGCAGCGGGCUGCAGCCAAAGGGCUUGGCUCCCACCAGAAAGCCGUGAAGUACUUGGGCCAGGACUUCGAGAGUCUGAGGCGGCAAUGCUUGGACUCAGGGGUCCUCUUUAAGGACCCAGAGUUCCCUGCUUGCCCAUCCGCCUUGGGCUACAAGGAUCUGGGACCAGACUCUCCCCAAACCCAAGGCAUCGUCUGGAAACGGCCCAUGGAAUUGUGCCCCAGCCCCCAGUUUAUCGUGGGUGGAGCCACGCGCACAGACAUCUGUCAGGGGAGCCUAGGUGACUGCUGGCUGCUGGCCGCCCUUGCCUCCCUGACCCUGAACGAAGAGCUGCUCCGCCGUGUGGUCCCCGGGGGCCAGGAUUUCCAGCAGAACUACGCAGGGAUCUUUCAUUUUCAGUUCUGGCAGUACGGUGAGUGGGUGGAAGUGGUUGUGGAUGACAGGCUGCCCACCAAGGACGGGGAGCUGCUCUUUCUGCACUCGGAGACGGGCAGCGAGUUCUGGGGAGCGCUGCUGGAGAAGGCCUAUGCCAAGCUCAACGGUUCCUAUGAGGCUCUCACUGGACGGUCUACGGUGGAGGGGUUUGAGGAUCUCACGGGUGGCAUCUCUGAGUUUUAUGACCUGAAGAAGCCCCCGGCCUGCCUAUUUCAGAUCAUCCGUAAGGCCCUCCGUGCGGGGUCUCUGCUGGCUUGCUCCAUUGAUGCCUCCAGUGCAGCCGAAGUGGGAGCAGAGGCUACCACCUGCCAGAAGCUGGUGAAGAGCCAUGCCUACUCCGUCACUGGAGUCCAAGAGGUGGAUUUCCAGGGCCGUCCUGAGAAGCUGAUCAGACUCCGGAACCCGUGGGGCGAAGUGGAGUGGACGGGAGCCUGGAGUGACGAGGCCCCAGAGUGGAAUGACAUAGACCCCAGGCAGAAGACGGAGCUGGACACGAAAGCGGAAGACGGCGAGUUCUGGUGAGCAUGGCGUCCCUUCUUCUCCCCCUUUACCCUCGUCCCCAAAGAGCUGGAGAGCCACACGGACGCGCCCCUCGGCCAGAACUUCUUCCUGGGCCGCCAGCCCUCUGCACACGCCAGUGCCCUUGCCAGCCUGCGGGAGGUGUCCGGCCGGCUGCAGCUGCCCCCGGGGGAGUACCUGCUGGUGCCGUCCACCUUCGAGCCCUUCCAGGACGGAGACUUCUGCCUCAGGCUGUUCUCACGGAAGGCCAAGGCCCUGGAGAUGGGGGCUGUGGUGGCUGGAAACCCACAUGAGCCGCACCCCGGCGAAGAGCACCAGGAGGACGGCCAGUUCCGGAGCCUGCUGGGAAAGCUUUCAGGGAAGGAUGCUGAGAUCGGUGCCCGUGAACUCAGGACAGUUCUGAAUGAGGCGUUUUCCAAAGAAACAGACGUAAAAUUCUGUGGAUUUGACAUCAACACUUGUAGGGAGAUGAUAAGCUUGAUGGACAGCAGUGGCACGGGCACCUUGGGGCUGGCGGAACUCAGGACGCUCUGGCUGAAGAUUCGGAAGUGCCUGGACAUCUACCGGGAAACUGAUUACAACCGCUUGGGGACCAUUGAGGCCCAUGACAUGAGGGCGGCCCUUAGGAAGGCAGGUGAGGACACGUUUCACGCUCAGCACCUGCGGUAUGCAGACGGCAGACUCAGCAUCGACUUCGAUGGCUUCGUGGCCUGUGUCAUUCGCCUGGAGACCCUCUUCAAACUGUUCAGGCUGCUGGACAAGGACCAGAGCGGCACAGUCCAGCUCUCCCUGGCUGAGUGGCUGUGCUGCGUGUUGGUCUGACCUGCGUGUGGACGUCGGUGAUGCUCCACGCCAGCUCACCUGCCACCUCUUUCCUCUUCUUCACA